CUUGUGAUCGCGCUUCGACAGAGAAUUCGACUCCUGCUGGAUCACUGUGCUCCUGUGGUGCAAGACCUGCUGGUAUGUUCACUCUUUUCCAACGGUCUGAUUAACGGUCUGAUUGACGGUCUUAUAAAACGACCUAAUCAACGGCCUGAGGACGGAAACUUAUGGAACUGACGAUGUCAUAGACGCCUGUACCUGCGAGAAAGCAAGUGACGGAGGAAUAAACCCCAACGAAAUAGACUUCACGACCGCGAAGUAAUCAUCUCAAGACAAAGCUUGUACUCUGUACAGACGAACAAUCUCGAACAACCUCAUCAUGAUUCCAGAGCUUUUCUUCCUCUUUCUUAUGCUGAUCGGUGUCCUGAUGUCCAUCUUGGUCUUCGGGUUGAUCACGGUCAUGGAUGCAAUCUCCGGCCGCAUCAAAGACUUUCUCCAGCAGCGAAACCUCGUCCCAACGUCCGUCAUUGCUUUCUGGUAUCCGAAGUCCGUCAUCGAUCUCAUGAAAUCCCUCAUUCUCCUGGUUUGGAUGUCUGUCCUCGUGGGACAUCAGAUAUUGUGCGGAUGCAUCCCAUUUCCUGAUAUCUACUUCGAAGACUUCUUGAUCUGUGUCGCAUCCUCGUACUUGCAACCAGAGAACAUUGUCAAAGUUUUUCCUCCUCUCGUUCAAGUUGCGUGGAUGGGUGUCCGUCGAGUCUGGGGCUACUGGAACUAAGGGCGGGAGUAUUCGGUUGCGG